CUCUGCAAGGUCAGGGAACCGUAAAAUUUCGGACCAGUGUUUAGUUUUCUGCCAUGCGUUUCUUCGGAAAGCUCGUUAAAAUUCAUGAUCACUGACCUAUCGUAGAAAUCAUGAGUAAGAGAAAUUUUACCAAGUAUACAGACCAGUUUAUUGUUUUGAAGUCAGGGGUACACACGUUUGGUGUGAUUCAAUAGUUUAGGAAUUUGAGAAACUUGUGUCACGGCCUCAAUUAUAGCGCGAAGCCUCGCUUCCAGUUUCGUCGCUCGGUCACAAAACAAUCAAGACAGUCUGCUUCGUUUUGCCCCGUUUUCCUCAAAAUCUGUUGACUGUCCAAGCCAAAGAAGUGUUGUACUCUACUCAGUUGUGUUGUGUUACUGGCUCGAAGGAAUCGUUGGAGUUGGCAGCCGAUAAAUUCUGCCCUUGUGCCGUGAAAGGUUGUCGCUCGACUUGAGGGAUAGCUUCGAACUUAUGGAGUGACAUAUUUCUCCCGAAAAAAGGACAACGGACGCAGCAUUCUUCUCUCACUUAACACAUUGACCAAAAAGCGUUCAUUGUUACCAACUAGGACUCCAAGAGUUGAGCAAGAAUUACUCGAAAACCACUCCAGAUGGUCAAUGCUUGAAUUUAAUUGGGACAUAACGCAAAUUUUAUAUCGAACUCCGGUUAGCUGCCUGCACUUCGCUUUUAACUGUGUACUUAGUUUGGACUGGAAGUCGAAGAAUAUUAUGGCAUUAUUGUAUGGCUUUGGAUGUUCCCUUGGAGUCAAGAGCAUGAAGAUCUAAAUCCAUGGCUUCAGAGCUCGCCACGGAAGAUAUUUCAUGAUUUAGGAACUGUGCUUUUGUGCUGUGCUUUUUCUAGUUCCACCGGAAGCCGAAAAUCAUGCAUGCUGUUCUCGAGUCGAGCGAAUAUACAACAAAUAUUCAACGCAGAUAGGGCGGAAUUCCAGUCAUAAAUCACUAUCUCCUGAUAAACUGGCUGAUUUGAUCCUCAAUUAUGAGUUUCAUAAGGAGUCAAGAUGACUUGCAGGCCCUGCGGCAUAACAACUUUAUGUACAAUAAAGAUGAGGAGUUAAGGCGCAGUACAGGCUCUAUAUAUGGCGGUGACAGUCCAACCAAGAAUAGGCCUCCAACAAUGCAUGUGCGCAGCAAUAGUGACCAGAGUGAGAUUAACUUUGCACUAAGAGCCAGUGAGAUUGAGCCUCGAUCACCAACAGGGGAGAGCUUUUUUGCAAUUGUUCGCAAGUUUGAGGAGAACAUACAAAAUGAAAGAACUGUCUCUACUUCCCGGGGAACCCUUCAAGGUUCAGUCGUGGAUGGCAUUAGGGGCCAGCAUGCAGCUACAUUUCCCUCUAUGGACAAGAAAACUCCAAUAUUACGACGUAAGAACUCCUUGCGGUCGAACACAACAUCAUUCUUUAGGAGUAAGAGAGGGAAUGAUAAUUUAAAGGAAGGAGAUGCUGAUGUUGGCGAUGUUCCAUUGAGAAAGACUUUUGCUCAUUAUGAUUGUCAAAGCUUAAAUGUGAACUUUGAUGAACAAAUACAGCUACGACUACGGUAUGGUGAUGGACUCAGGAGAAAGAACACAAGAUCUGGAGCAUCUGCUGCAUCUGCUAGAAUCACUGCAGCUACAGUAGCAGAUCGCCAGCAAGAUGGCUCAAACUCAAGUUUGGAUAGACUUGAGGAGAUCCCUGACUAUGGCGAUAACAAAUCCAAUGAGCUUGUCUUGAGCUGUCCAUAUUUUAGAAAUGAACUUGGGGGCGAGGAUGACCUUGACCCUAAGAUCAGUCUUACAAGAGACAAUCCUGCAUUUCAAAAUCCUUACAACUCUGCUGACCCUAAGGAGAGAAAGGCCAAUGCUGGAAAGCGCAGGUCCACUUUAGAUAUAUUAUUGACUGCUUAUGAUUCUGCCCGUAGGGGAAAUUUAAGGACAGGUACAGGAGUAACCAUAUUAGAUAAUUCCAAGCCAGAGAGUGGGUCCCUUUAUCUUGGCGAAGGUGCUACAACGUCUGAUGAGGAAGGCAAAGUGGUGUUUGAGCAUGCCGACCACGGGGCUUAUUACUAUAGGAACUUCUUCGUUGGACAAGAGCACCUGACUUAUCUGGGAAUGGAUGACAGACUUGGACCAGUGGCUGUGUCUCUUAAGAGGGAAAAACUGGAUGAGAACUCUUCCCUGAUAAGGAAUGACACAGAUGGGGGAACACAGUACCAAUAUCGCAUAAUUUGCAGGACCUCGGAGCUUACAACAUUAAGAGGUAACAUCCUAGAGGAAGCUAUUCCAUCAACCUCACGGCAUGGUACUGCACGAGCUCUUCCUGCAAAGGACAUCCUCGAAUAUGUGGUCCCAGAAAUACAACUACCCCAGCUCAAGCUGGCCCUGCCGACAAUCAAGGUCCCAGAGCAGUUGAUGAAGCUGGACGAGCAGGGGAUGACUAAUCAGUACAAGGUUGGAAUCCUCUAUUGCAAAGCUGGGCAAUCAACUGAGGAAGAGAUGUAUAAUAACCAAGUUUCAAGUCCUGCGUUUGAUGAGUUUCUUAAUUUGAUCGGCAAGAAGGUCAGACUAAAAGGCUUUGAUGGUUACCGAGCACAGCUAGAUAAUAGGAACGAUUCGACUGGUGAAUAUUCUGUCUACACCAAAUUUAACAAUCGUGAAAUCAUGUUCCAUAUUUCAACAUUGUUGCCAUGGACACCAAACAAUAAACAACAGCUUUUGAGAAAGCGCCACAUCGGCAAUGACAUUGUCACUAUAGUAUUCCAAGAACCUGGAGCACUGGCGUUCACACCCAAGAACAUCCGCUCACACUUUCAACAUGUGUUCAUAGUCAUCCGAGUGUUCAACCCCUGUAGCGACAACACAUACUAUAGGGUGGCAAUGAGUCGCUCUAAAGAUGUCCCGCCUUUUGGACCUCCGAUACCAGCCGGGCCUAAAUUUGGCAAGCAGAAGGCAUUUGCAAACUUCCUUUUGGCAAAAAUAAUAAAUGCUGAGAAUGCUGCCCAUAAAUCCGAGAAGUUUAGUGCUAUGGCAACCAGAACUAGGCAUGAGUACCUUAAAGACCUGGCGACAAAUUACAUCUCAGGAACCACCCUAGACUCAGGAACUAAAUCAUUUGGGAAGUUCUCUUUGUCAAGCAAAAAGAAAGAGAAGAUUCACCCUCCGAUUUGUCCUGAGAUUGUGUGCCGUGGAGGCCUGGCUUGGCAUGUGCAGGUGGAAGACUACAGGAACUCAACCAUGAUUGAGUGUGUGAUGGCCAUCUCUGCCGACACUCUAGUGUUGGUUGACUCAUCCACCAAGGAAACACUGUUUAGUGUCCCCUGCAAGGCUAUUAUUGGCUGGACUGCACUCUCAGCCAGUAUUAAGGUGUUUUAUGGUAGUGGAGACUGCUUAGUGGUCAAUAUUCCCACAUACGAGUCAGAUGACUUGCCUGAGAUUGUACGUCGGCUUGGUGCUGUCACCAUUGGUUGCCAGACUCAGACACUUACUCUACGCCGUAAUGUUCAUGGACAGCUUGGGUUCCAUGUGCAAUACGAGGGUCUUGUUGCAGAUGUUGAGAUGGGCGGAUAUGCCUACCAGGCUGGGUUGAGACAAGGCUGCAGACUGGUGGAGAUCAAUGGCAUGAUUGUGGCAACACUAAGCCAUGACCAGAUGAUAGACAUUCUGCGCAAACCGGGCUCUGUCACGGUGGUGGUUGUUUCUCCUCUUCCUAGCGGGAAGCCCAGGAAGGGUGUUCAGCAGUCCGGUCAGCAGUACUGGUGGUCCGCUCGAUCAUCCACCACCACAAUAUCCUCAUACAGUGGCAGCUUUUCCUCAGUUGGCGAGGAGCAUGAUACACGUGAAGUCAAGGCUCCUAAACCCCUGUCAGCACUAGGACGACCUGGUGCACCUUGGCCGGGAAAGCCUGGGGAUGAGACAUCUACAUCUAGUGGGAGCUCUGUUCUGGCUGCCAUCUCUAACCACAAAAACAGUGGCUCAACAUCAUCGGCCACAGAGAGCUCACUUACGCUGAAUGAUGACACACGUACCCAGGCCCUCAACUAUGGGUCAGCAUACACCGUGAACACGCAGAAUCCACCAGAGACUGGGACCAACCCACUGUCCAGCCAGCACUCUGGGUCAACAAGCUCCACGGAAAACUCCAUUUCUAACCAUACGCGGCCAAUGUGGAGAGGUGUCGCUCCAGUCGACACGGACGUCACCCCAGGGGUCACCCUAAAAGCACCUACCUCUAAAGGCACACUGUACGUGAUCGCAAGUGGACCCCAGUCCCCGUCCCUCACAAGCCCCAAAACGCCUGACAUCCCCAUAUUCGGAAGCACUUCCCAGCGUCCUGAGCGGCACUGGAGAGCAGUCGUCAAUGAGCAGGGGGAGGUGGUGAUGUCGGAAGGUGAAGGGGAGAGAGGAGUGGUGCCACAGGCCAACGGGGUGGGGCCUCCAGCCCAGCAAGCUGCGCGAGGCGACAUGGUGCCAUUCAAAGAGACAAGCCUGGGAGCCGUAGUCACCACCACAAACACCUACAAGAAGCAGAGCUUCGAGGAAAUCACCGAAGCCUCCAUGACGGAGACUGUGGACAAGAUAGAAAAGGCAUUUGGCUUUAAGACUCCUAAAGCGACAGACACUCCAAUCAAGGCGCAUGACUAUGGCCAGUUUGAGAGAUCUGCAAGUCUAAGACGCAGUAACCGCAGCCCAAGGAGCUCAGCAGAGGACGUGAAUCGUGUUAAAACGGCAGCUAAUAGCUUAGGCAGGAAGGCUAGUGCCAGCGAGAGACCUUCCCCUGACGCACAUAGAGGACCGUCAGACCCUCGCGGACCGUCAGACCCUCGCAAACUGAGCAAUGGAGCAGCUGAACGACCUUCUGGAGAGCUUCGCCAUAGCAACAGCAAUACAGAGCAUUCCGGGCUUGUGAUCCAUCAUGAGGUGAAGAAAGAGCAUGCGCGAACUUUGUCAGCGGAAGAACUCGAGGUGCAGCUUAUCCUGGAAGAGUUGCAGCAGGCCGAGCGGGACCUGGGUGCCUCGGAGGGGCGGGUGCAGACUGUUGUAGAGGUAACCCGUAACAAGGAUGACGUCAUCCUCGAGAGUAGCCAGAAGCCGAAGGAGGUCGACCAGCGCCUUGUCGCGCGCAACAAUCUAAUCGAGCGCAUAGAGAGCCAGCGCCAUGCCCUCGCCAAUGAAUCAGUGGAGGGCGUACGAAUCUACCACGCCAAGAGCCGCAGCACCCCCGCCGACAUUACCAAGCCUGGCUACAGUGCCGCACGCCAGCAAAAGUACGCCUCAUCGCAAGACGACAUCACUGGUCGCGUGCGCCAGGAGCGGGAGAGGAUUGAGCAGCGGAAGUCACAGUCGAUACGGGACUUGGGCGAUCAUCGGUACAGCGCUAGACGACGACGCUCCGAGCAAACGCCGGACAGACCAAACGGGCCCGAUGCCACGCCGUCUCCGCGAUCUGUGAAACCUGUAGUGCGGUCCGAGCGUAGGAUUAAGCUGUCGCAGUCUGGGCCGAGCUCGGAGAUGACGGAACAAAAGGCUCAGACUCUGCCGAGAUGUAAACCGAACCGACGCCGACACACCACGAAGCAGCCGUCAGAAAGCGACUCCUCCGACGAGGAUCCGAGGCUUACCACGAGAGACCGCACUCGGGAUGUGUCUCGCACCGCCGCGGCAGUGCUGUUACCCGAGAAAUCCCGCAAGGGCUCGAGUUUGCCUCGUGACGGGGAUUCCGGGCGCACGAGUGACAAGCACCCGCCGCCGCAUCUUCGUGGCGCGCGCAUCACAAGGCUCAAGUUGAGUGCGAGCGAGGAGCCGGAAGAUUCACUGGUCGAGCAGACAUCUCGACUGCUGUCGGCGACCGAGGACUCAGCGGGACCGAAGCCCUCGAUAGUGAUUCAAGAGGACGUACUUCACUCGCUAACACAAGCCACCGACCUGCUUGCGAGUCAACGGCCGACCAGAGACGAGAGGGCGAGAGACCGCUCCCGCCACAGCAAGGAUUCCAAGACAGAUAAGGCCAUGGCUAAGGUCAAAGCGCACGCUAGUCGUGGGAGAUCACAUGGACCACACAAAUUCCACAUACCCGUCGUACCGCGGCGACAUAGCUUCGAUGAUCGAAUCUUCGCGCGUACGGCGAGCAGACCUCCGGGCCGUGAAAGCUCCCUGACACGAGAAAGCAUUGGCCGCGAGGCGGAACUGGAAAUGAAGCUAGCUAUCGUUUCAAAUGCUCUGAUGAAGGAGGGCGAGGAGAGACAGAAAAUGGAAACAGAGCUCAAGCGCCUACACCGGGAGAACCGACGCCUUACGGAAGACCUCCGAACAGCUUCGGGGCAGCUCCGGAAAUUCACCGAAUGGUUCUUUCGGAAUGUCGACCAAGGCCACUCUUAGUAAUACGUGAUACGGUAGAUAUUCGAAUUGCGAAUAGUUAUAAGAAAGGCAAGACUAUUGAGGUCGUCAAUUAUACGUGUCUCGUCGAUCUUUCGUCGAUGUCUCGUCGAUCAUGCGAUGUCUCGUCAAUUACACGAUGUCUUGACUGACGCGAGUCGUCUGCCUGUUCGGGGUCGUUGCCUUUUGACUUCAUCCCAUAAUGAAAAGGCUUCAGAGGACAUCGCGUCUAAACAAAGGUUUUGUCACUCUUUAGACACUCGUUUUGUUAUCCCUGGGGGAAUUGGACUAUUUCUACAUUUAACGUAGCCAAAAAUAAACCUGUUUCGAUGUACACUUUCUUCGAUAAACGUUCAACCGUCGAUGCGUAUUUUACCAUAUUACGCUUGUCUGACUCCGUUGAAGAUUUGCAAAUGCUGAUUAUGCGAAUUGAAUUCUCCCUGGUUUUUCACCUUAAAUACGAUGAAUAAGGUUACCGCGAGCGCAAGGCAAAACUCGAGAGAAUGUACAUGAUUUAUCUGUACAAGCGUAUUGGAAAUAGGGUGUAUACGAUUUGUUUGUCUUGAGCAUUUGUUUCAGCGCAAGGAUAAUAGAAAUAUUCAGAAGAUUAAAUUAUUAUUGCUAUCAGCCCCGCCCUGAAGCUAUUCACGACAAUCAGAUCAUAAAGUGGUCUAGUUAUCAAUUUCAAAAGAACCUUUAUAUAACGUACAUAUGUAAUAUUGGAAUAAGCGGACACUUUUUCGUAUUACUCGCGAUUAUUCGCAUUAUCCAAUUCUUUUAUUUUUAUGUGCCUUCGCGAUAGUAUAAGCGAGCUGUCAUCGGACUAGUGCCAUACAAAAUCUUUUUGCAAUUGGGAAAGAAUAACAAAUACCGUUUAAUUACUCGAGACAAUCUUUUUAUAUGCAAAAACCGUGAAUCUUCUAAAAGGGACUAUUUUUAACUUGAGGAAUAAAACAAAGCAAUUUUUUAUCAAUAUAUUUGGGUACAUCUGAGUCCUCAAUGUGAACUGCAGGCUAUUUUAGAAUUUCUAACCUUAUGAAAUGAAGGUUGGUAUGUAGUGUAUGUUGUGUUGGAAGAAUAAUAAAUUUUUACUUUACUCCUAA